CGAGAAGACAAAUCGGACUCAUGCCAGCUGUGGAAGGCGGCCGGGUGGAAGUGAAGCCGUGGAUUGUGUACUUGGCGGGCGUGAUGGGCGUGUUGGGCGUCGUGGUGAGCGUGGCCGUGGGCGUCUACCUCAUCAGGAAGUACCGGGAGAGGAAAUGGGGGAAAUGCACCAGUAAAAGGCGUCUGGACGGAAAGGUGGUGGUGGUGACAGGGGCCAACUCAGGUAUCGGCAAGGAGGUGGCACGUGACCUGGCAAGCCGCGGUGCCCUGGUGGUGCUUGCCUGCAGGAACAAGGAGGCCGCACUGCAAGCCGUCAAGGAGAUCAGAACUACUACUGGCGAUGGGGAACUGAUUGUAAUGGAGUUGGACCUGGGCGAACUCAGCUCCGUGCGUUCCUUCUCCACGUCACUUCUCGGCAAAUUCAGCCACCUGGACAUCUUAAUCAACAAUGCCGGGUUGUACGUGCCGCCGGGGGAGGAGGGGAGGACCAAGGACGGGUACGAGAUACACUUUGGCGUAAACCAUCUGGGUCACUUCCUCCUCACCCACCUGCUGCUGCCACGCCUUCAGGAGACACCAGGGGCUCGGGUCGUCACGGUGGCCUCGUCGCUGUACAAGUCUGGGAAGAUUGACCUGGAGGACCUGGAGUCGAAGAAUGGCUAUGACAAGAAGAUGAGAAAUGCUUUAUAUGCUAACUCGAAACUGGCUAAUGUCUUGCACAGUCAGGAAAUUGCAAGGCGUUCGGCUGGCACUGGUUUGAGGGCCUUCGCGCUGUGCCCUGGCCUGGUGCACACUGGGCUCUUCAGAUACUCGGCAAACAGUAUUGGGCUUCUGCGUAAACUGCUCUUCGCUCCCGUCAUGUACUUCUUCAUGAGGAGCGCUUGGCAGGGAGCCCAAUCCGUCAUCUACUGCGCGGUGUCGGAGGAGCUGGACGACAAGGAGUGGACUAUGGUUGCCGACUGCAAGCCAACAGCCGUCACCAGCGUAGCCGAGGACCCUGAGACAGCCAGGCGUUUAUGGGAGGUGUCCCUGGCCAUGGUGGAGACUGGUAUGGCAGGUGAGGCAGUGGCAGGGAGCAGUGAGGGGCAGGGGGGUGAGGUAACAGUGGAGGACUUGCUAGGGUUCGAAACGGUGACAAAAUCUAUGAUCGAAGCUCCUGAAGGUGCUGAGUCAGAUGUUGCAGAGACACAGGGGGAGGCUGAGGUGGUGACAGAGAGACUGGUGGAUGUUGCAGAGACACAGGGGGAGGCUGAGGUGGUGACAGAGAGACUGGUGGAUGUUGCAAGCUCCAUUACGUCUACAGAUGCAGGGGAGGUCAAGAAGGGUGUGGAAAAACUAGGUAAUGCAGUAGAGAAAGCAACAGAGGAACUUACAGGGGAGGUUCAGAAGGUACUAGAACCCGUGGAACCGCAGAGGAAGGUCGAGAAGGUCACGGAGAGCCUUGUGGGUGCUGCAAGGUCCGUUGAAAAGGCUGCAGAAAGUAUAGUGCCAGCAGCAGUCUCGGCCGAACCUGCGACAUUGAAGUCCGCCAAGCCUUCCACUGAACCUACCCCCAAAAAUGUGGAGAAGACCACAGAACCAUCCAGGAAGAUUGAAACUGCCCCAGAACCAGUCAGGAAGGUAGAAGCAGCCCCAGAACCACCCAAAACGAUCCCAGAACCACCCAAAACAGUCUCGGAACCAGCCAAGAAGAUAGAAGCAGUCCCAGAACCACCCAGAACCAUCCCAGAACCACCCAAAACAGUCCCAGAACCAGCCAAGACAGUCCCAGAACCAGCCAAGAAGGUAGAAGCAGCCCCAGAACCACCCAAAACAGUCCCAGAACCAGCCAAGACAGUCCCAGAACCAGCCAAGAAGGUAGAAACAGCUCAGGAACCACCCAAAGCCAUCCCGGGACCAGCCAAGAAGGUAGAAGCAGCCCCAGAACCACCCAAAACAGUCCCAGAACCAGCCAAGGCAGUCCCAGAACCACACAGAACCAUCCCAGAACCAUUCAGGAAGAUAGAUGCUGCCCCAGAACCAUCCAAACCAGCCUCCGAACCUCCCAGACACCCUGAAAAAACUCCGGAAUCACCCAGGAAGUUCGUACCGGCUGUAGAACCGACCAAACCGGUGCGCGAACCAUCCAGAAAGUUCGAGGAGGUCCCAGGAACCACAGUAAGGUUCGAAAAGGGUCUUGAAUCUGCUAAGGACACAGUAAAAGCUUCAGAACCGGUUAGAAAGUUCGAUCAGGGGGUUUCAAAGGCAGUAGAACCACAGGGAGGGAUAGAAAGGAAGACACAUACCAGGAAUACAGCGACAGGGGGUGUGGAAGGGCCAGCGGUCGCAAACAGGGGCGUGGAAGAGGAGGAGGAAGAAGAGGAUGAGGGAAUUGAGAUAAGCAAUAAUAGUGAAAUGAAGUUUAAUAAUAGCUUGCAAAUUGAGGAGUCUGAGGAAGAGGAGGAGGAGGAGAUGGAUGAGGAAGAGGAUAAUGAAGAGGAGGAAGAUGAUGAAGAGGAGGAGGAGGAGGAAGAUAGCGAAGAGGAAGAAGUAGCAAUAGAUGAUAAAAAAGGAUUAAUCAAACAAACCCCAAAACGCCCUUUAAAAUAAGUAAAACAAAAGGAAACAGGGAAAAAAAACGUAAAAAACAGGAUUAUUUUAACGAGACUCGCGCAUCCCACGGCCCUCAGCAUGCACACCAACGCACACCCGCUCACGCACACCACAAGCCAUUAAUAAACUGUCGUACCUCACCAAGCCUUUGCAUCACUGACGAAAGGUGAAUAGGUAAGUUUUAAAUGCUAUAUCAUUAAAGAGAAGAGUGUAGAUAAAUAUUUACUCCUAAUAUUCUCCGCGUCGUUGAGAAAAGAUGGUCAGGUGAAGGGCAGAAGCUAAAGACGUCAGGGGAGGCGACUUAUUUAGAAACAAGACGCUAUUUCGUAUUGCUAUUUCGUAUUGCAUUGUGGAUAAUAUGUUAAGCUUUAUAGACGCAAGAAUUUUGAAGGUGGGGAAGUUUAGGCAGAAGAAACAGUUCCCUAUGGCAUUGUGGGUAAUAUAUCUGAUUAUUAGGCUUUAUAGACGCAAGAAUUCUGAUAGUAGGGAUGGUUAGGCAGAAGAGUUUCCUGUGACACUGGGGUAACUUGCCUGAAUAUUACGCUUUAUAGAUGCAAGAAUGUUCCUAUUAAUUACUAAGAACUGUAAAGGCUGCUUAUGUAAAGUUUAGACAAGAAAAGCGGGAGUGAUAUUGUGUGUUACGAUAAUUAUGCAAACCUUUUAUAAAUGCAAGAAUAUUCCCGUUUAUCAUUAAGAUCUCAACAGUAAGGGAGCAGUGAAACAGAAGCAUUGAAGUUUACGGAAAAAUUCAACAGUGCAAGCUUAAGAAAGGCGUAGAAAUAACAGGAAGCUAAACUUUUUAUUGUCAGGAAUGAAUGAAUAAACUAAACGAAACAUGAUUACGCUAAAGUUUGCUGUUUGUAUACACCCACGUCAUAAACAAAGGUAGAAAUAAUGAAUGAGGUUGAAUGAUGAGUAAUUAAAUGAAAUGAGGUUCAAAUCGUUGCGUAAACUUGCACUGGUAAACAAUUGGCAGGCAGUGUUAGUGAGGGUGUUGCUGUGGUAGUGUUUGAGUGUUGCAAAGGCUUGGUGGGGUUACGUAAGGUUUUCAGUGGUAAGGCGGGAUAAUUAUUGGCUUUAGUAUGUGUUGUAAGGAAGGCAUUUUGGGUUUUGGUGUGUGAGAGAGAGGGAGAGGGAGCUGUAAUCUGCCUCAUUGGGAAUUAAUUUGUUUUUUUUCGGUGUUAUUUAUUUAUUUAUUUAUUUAUUUAUUUUUCGAUCUUUUUUUAUUUUUGUUUUCUAAUUUGCUUUAUUUUUUCCGUCUUUUUUAUAAUUUUUAUUUUUCCCCUUCAAUAUUCACUUCUUUUUUUUUUUCCUUUCUUUACUUUAUUUAUUUACUCGAUACUGACCAAAAAAAAAAAAAAAAAAAAGGGUCAUAAUUUGCUGUUCUUGUUUCGAAAACCAUAGUUGCCCCUAACAUUAUCAAGAGUCCCCGUUUUCUUUCAUUACAUUUCUUCCUGUUAUGUUUGAAAUGACGUAAAUUAUAUUCAUGAUUACACCUAUUACUUACAAACAAUUAUAUCACCAUUCUACUUAAAGGGAUGUUAAUUACACGUGCCCAGAAAAUACAAAUAUAUUCUUGAGUUUCCUUAAUCAUUGAUAGAUUCUAGAUUUAAACAGCAGGGGAACCUAUAAAGAUAUUGAAAUUUUGAAGCCUAUAUGAAGCCUACAGUUUAAGCCUAAGACGCCCCCCCCCCACCAUCCCAGCUUGUCCCCUUCCAUCCCAGCCUCUCUAAUCUCAUCCCAGCAUCUCUAAUCCUAUCCCAGCAUCUCCUAUCUCAUCCCAGCCUCUCUAAUCCUAUCCCAGCAUCUCUAAUCUCAUCCCAGCCUCUCUAAUCCUAUCCCAGCAUCUCCUAUCCCAUCCCAGCCUCUCCUAUCCCAUCCCAGCCUCUCUAAUCCUAUCCCAGCAUCUCUAAUCCUAUCCCAGCAUUUCCUAUCCCAUCCCAGCCAGUCUAAGCCAUUUUUCACCGUAUCUAGUCACAACAGCGUCACAAGGGGAGGGAGUAAAUAGCGUAAUUAAAUAAAGGUUGUUAAAUUUUAUGUACCGAGUUUGUGAAGGUAUUGUGAAGCAAGAUAAUGAAGAUAAGAGGACUUGCGGGUGUUUGUGGGGGAAAUGGUGUGCGUGUUUAAGUAAAUGGGGGGGUGAUAAUGAUGUGAGGUGUAGAAGGGUUGGGGAGUGCUGAAGGGGUUAAAAAAAAGCAAAAAGGGGAAUAGAGAAGAGAUAGAAUAGAAGUGUUUGGUAAAAGAGCAGGUGAUGGGGAGUAAUCUUUGUAAAUGAAUGAGAAAAGGAGGAAUAAGAGACGAGAAUAAAGGAGGAAAUAGAUAGAUAGAUAGAAAAGGAAGGUGAAGAAAGAAGAAGGAGAAUAACAUUAAGAAGUGAAUGAGAUGAUGAAUAGAAAAAAAAGACCCGAUAAAAGAGGGAAUAGAUGAAUAAGAAGAAAGAUGGAAUGAGAAAGUUUAAAAUAGAAGAAAAGACGAAAGGAGAAUAUUGAUGUAGAGACGCAAAAUGAAAUUAAUUGUUAUCUUCACUACUUCUGAUCAAAAUAAGGGGAAAAAAAUAGAUAAAUAAGAAGAAAGAAAAAGAAGGUUAAGUUAGAGAAGAUGAAGGAGAAUAAAAGCAAAAUAGAGAUUAAUUAGGUAAAUCUUAUUAUCAUUACUUUGAUGAAAAUAAAGGAAAAAAUGAAUAAAUAAGAAAGAAAGAAGAUGAAGAAUAAAAAACAACAUAGAGACUAAUUAAAUGUUAUUGUUAUCAUUAUUUAGAUCAAAAUAAAGGAAAAAAAAUAGAUAAAUAAGACGAAAGAUAGAAAAAGAUUAUGAUAGAGAAGAUGAAGGAGAAUAAAAAUAACGUAGACAUUAAUUAAGCCUAGUUAGGUAAAUGUUAUCAUCACUACGUAGAUCAAAAUAAAGGGAAAAAAAAUAGAUUAAAAAGAAGAUAAAAAUAUAAAAAAAAAGAUAAAAAAAAAUAUAUAGAAAAAGAAGACGAAGAAAAAUAAAAGCAACAGAAUAAUUUAGCCUAGUUACAUAAAUACUAAUAGGAAGGUAGAUAGAGAAAUAAAGAGACGAUAGACAGAAAGAAAUGACGAACGGGUAAUGAAGAAACAGGUUAAAAAAAACAUCAAUAAAGCAAAAAAAUGAAAGAUAAUAGAAAAAAA